UUGGCACUAUCAAGUUACCGAAAAUUUACUCAAGGAACGAGGGUAUGGGACCGACACCGGUUCUUCCACGAGACCCACCUCCAGUGCCGAGGCGGCUGACGACUACCAACUGGCAGAGACAACACGACAACCGACCAAACCUCCAAUAUUAAAAGUGGAAGAAACGAGGACAAUAAGUAGAUCCACCCAGCUCUCUUUCGCAUUUGACAAAUCAACCGCGGCUUCCACUCACACUUCGAUGACCCCAAUUGAUCCGGAGAGAUCACUUCACGAAUAUCAAAUACCCGCGUCCAUAUUGGACAAGGGGAAAAGCAUAGAAUUGAAUGUGAUGCGAAUGGAUUCUGAUGAUAAAAGGCAAUCUCAGGCUUCGUCCGGUUCAGGCUCAUUACCCUCGUGGACUUAUGAAUACUAUUCGCACCCUGGUAACUAUCAGCAACAAUUGUUUAAUAACAAGGAUCCCUCGGAUCCGGACAUAAUACUGCCGGAGGCUUCGACUUCGGCAGCUGCUGGCGGUUCUGGGUCUCCCAAUGGCAACAACAAUAAUAACAAUAGUAAGAGUAGCAAGGAUGGCAGUAGCAAUAGAUCAUCAUCAACCCAACAAAAGAGUAGUCAAUCGCCAAAAUCCAAGAGGAAGGCUAGAAAGGGUAAGUUGACACGCCAGGAUUCGGCAUGGAGAGAGACCAGAAAGAACUAUUUCGUGAAUCCGAACCUACACCCCAAGACACGUCUUAGAACUCCCCCUGAACAAUUCGUGGUAUGCCCGUAUGGGUCGGUGCUGUUCAUGUUGGGUUUUCUUUUGCCGCCUCUCUGGUGGUUUGGUUCGUUCUUUCCCAGGCAUUCAAGCGGUAUGACGGACCGUCGAUGGAAAAGGUAUAAUCGACUGAUGUCUGUACUUUCGUUAUUACUGAUUGCCGGGAUACUAGAAUUGACCAUUUGGUACUUGAAUUACAAUAAGUGA